UUACCCCUGCAUCAUCUGCUACUCUGAAGGAUCUGGAGGUAAGAGGCCCUGGGCCAAGGUGCAGUGACCCUGUAGGCCAGCCCCCCAACCUCCUCCCACAGUGGGGGCUGGGUGUCCCUCUGCCAGUUGACACAGCCCACACACAUCCCAGCCAUAAUGAUUGUUCUCUCUACCUCUCCCCACAAUCCUCCUCCAAUUUCUCCUCUCUGCGUGCACCUCAGAACCAGUACCAAGAACUAGCAGUAGCCCUGGACUCAAGCUCCACAACAAUCGGUCAAUCCUCAAGCCGCUGUGAAGCAGUCCUUGAGCGGCAGUUACAGCAGUCCGUAAAGGCACAGGCACAGCUGGAAGCACACACGACACAGAUAAUGGAAUCACUUAAACAAGCCCAGCUAGAGAGAGAUGAAUAUACUCAACAUCUAAAAGGAGAGAGGGCCCGGUGGCAGCAGAGGGUAUGGAAAAUGUCAGAGGAGGUUUGCACAUUGAAGGAGGAGAAGAAACAUGACACACAUCGGGUACAGGAGCUGGAGGGGAGCUUGGCCGAACUCAUAAACUAGAUGGCUGAACCCCCACCCCCGGAGCCCCCAGCAGGGCCCUCUGUGGUGGAACAGCACCUACAAGCUGAGGCCGAGCACGUGAGGAAGGAGCUGGAGAGUCUGGCAGGAGAGCUCCAAGCUCAGGUGCAAAACAGUCAAGGCUUGAGUCACCUGAACUGGGAGCAGGAGGAGAGGCUGCUGGAACAGGAAAGGCUGCUCUGGGAGGAGCAGGCAGAGACACGCAUGCAAACCUUUCAGAAUCGCACCACCAUCAACUGCGCACUCUCUCAGAACCAAGAGCUCCAUGAGCCGCUGGCUGAGCCACAGAGCAGCUUUGAGGAGCUGAACAACCAGAAUAAGAGUGCACUGCAGUUGGAGCAGCAAGUAAAGGAGCUGCAGGAGAAGCUGAGCAAGCUGAAGGAGAGGGUGACGUUGAAGAACCAAGAGGCUCAGAGUCUGCAGCAGCAGGGAGACCAGUUCCUGGGUCAUCUGCAGCAGUACGUGGCUGCCUAUCAGCAGCUGAUCUCUGAGACGGAGGCGCUGCGCAGGCAGUUACUGCUGCAGACCCAGCUCAUGGACCAGCUGCUGCAGCAUGAAGCUCAGGGCAAAGCGGUGGCUGAGAUGGCCCGCUGAAAGUUGCAGGAGACCCAGGAGAGGCUGGAAGCUACCAGCCAGCCGAACCAGCAGCUUCAGGCCCAGUUGAACCUCAUGGCACUCCCUGGGCAAGGAGAUGGAGGAGGACAUCUGGACAAUGAGGAAGAGGAGGUGCCUCGGCCCAUGCUGAGCAUCCUGGAGGACCUGGAGAGCCGGGAGGUAAUGGUGGCAUUUUUCAACUCCGCUGGAGCCAGUGCCCAGGAGAAACAGGCACGGCUAUGUGGGCAGCUGAAGGAGCAAAGGGUGUGGUGCCAGUGCCUGACUCACCUUGUGGCCUUGGCCCAGAAGGAGUCCAAGGCAGUGGCCCCAGCCCCAGGGACUGAGGGUGAGUCUGUGUGUGGGCAGACCCACCAGGCCCUGCAGGGGGCCAUGGAGAAGCUGCAGAGUGACUUUAUGGACCUCCUGAAGGAGAAGGCGGACGUGAAGGAGCAGGUGGAGAAAUUAGAGCUUCGAUUCGUCCACCUAGCGGGAAAAACAGACACCAUCAGAAAGUACAUCACAACAUAUGAGAGCCAGAGGGCAGUGCCAAAGAUGCGGCACCAGGAGGGGGACAUCAUCAGGCUGGCCCAGGACAAGGAGGAGAUGAAGGUGAAACUGCUGGAGCUGCAGAAUCUGGUGUUGCGACUUGGUGGCAACCACAACGAGGGGUGUGGCAAAUUCCUGGCUGCUGCCCAGAACCCUGCUGAUGAUUGCACUCCAGGUGCCCAAGCCCCCCGGAGCCUGGGGCUGCUGACAAGCAGGGGGGUGAGUAAAGCCCUCAGGCUGGGUGGGCAGGCAGGAGCAGGGGGGCUCCACUGCAUGCAGAUGCCCGCUCUCCUCUCUCCAAAGAUUUUUGUGAGGUGAGCUGACAGCCUGGAGCCUGCACCAGGAGUGGCCAGGGAGGGUUGUCCCCAGCUCAUGCAGCUGCUUCCUGAGAUGCAGGACCCCCAGGAGCACCCAGACUUGGGCAGCAACCCCUUCAUGCCAUUCUUUUCGGGCUGCCAAGAACAGGGAGCUAAACAUCACCAUCAUCUAAGAGCUGGUCAAGAAAUUAAAAAAGAAAAAAAAGUGAUGGGGUUAAUCUCCUACACAAUUCAUUUACUUCAUUCGAAUGUUAGAGCCACUCAUGAUUGUUUGUGCUUCUAAUUUACAGUUUACAUUUAUUUGUAAAAAAUUAAACGAGAGUGGGUCUUUCCCUGAUGUUCACUCUGGCAUCCCUUCGCAUUUUUCUUUUUUAAUUUGAUAAUUGUAGGUCAUUAGAAUGCAUAUUGAGUUUGCCCUUACGUGGUGGGAAUUCAAACACACAAAGACUCACUAUUUGCACAAAACUAUUCUUGGGUUUGGAAUGGGCCGCCAUGCUUUUUUAAUGUUAUUGCAGCAUGUACAUUCAUUACAGAAUUCAGGUAAAAUUUGCUUAUGUUCUGCUAUUAUGUUUGAUCAAAUUCUAAUCAUGGUGAUGUCUUCAUUAGCUCAAUAUGUGGUUUGCCCUCAAGCGUGCACUGUUUAUUACUUUGUAAUAUGCCACUAUGAGGACUGACAUUUAGAGUUGUUUAAAGGCCAAGAACUGUAAACAGCCCUUCCCUUAUUUUCCGUGUCUUGGGGAUGGGAGUAAUAACAUUUUGGGGAGCUUUUAAAAUCUCACAGAAGAGGAAAAUGGCCUGCUCUGGCAGGUGUGUGCAGAAUAGAGUAUGUUUUGGUUGUUCUGGUGCCAAGAAUGAGCGCUGUACUAUGGUAGUUCCCUUAGGAUUUGUAUGUGCUCUGGGCUCAUGAGGAUAUUGCAUCAUGAGCUGCGGCCGUUGUACCCUUUUUUGAUUACCUAAAAAGGGAUUAUUUCUGAGAAAUGAAAGGCUUCCAUCAUUGACUGUGGAUGUGGAAAACCUUUCCAAGCUUAGAGCAUCUAUAUCUAUAAUACAUUUUAAAGUCAGAGUUCAUGUUACCUGUUUCAAUCACGUGACUACAUGUCCCAGGAAACAAAAGGGCACUGGUUGGCAUUCUUCUUAAGGUAUUCAGUAAAGAUUAUAAGAAAUCCUUUAAGAGUUUAAAUGUCCCUGAAACAGGCAUACAGGCUCUAGUCAAGAAUGAAUUAGAGUGAAGGAAAGCUGUGUGACACUUGGCAUUCCUGUCUGUUCAUGGAGCUUCUUUGAGGCUAGAAGAUUGAUUUUACCAUCUAGACCUCUCUGGCUAAUACCUAGUCUUCAAUCACAUUGGUUAAAGACUCUGACAUAGGAAUUUACUUCUUUUCCUUGAAUGGAAAACACUUUAAAAAAUAAUAACGAACAUUAUUAUAAACUAAUACAUGCAAGAGUACUUAGUUGAAACAAAAAGGAGUUUUAGUAGACAGUAUUAUACUAUAUUUGAAAAUCAAGGAGAAGUUUAUGCAACUUAAAAUGUUUACAAACUGAAGUCUACUGUUUGUGAAUGUCUAAGUAUUAUCAAGAAAAGCAUCUAUACAAUCAGAGUUAUAUUUCCACACAAAGUUCUUUACGAAGAGUGAAAUAUGUUUUUAUACCUUUCAGUUUCAUUUAGAGACAUAUUUUGUGCAAUAUUUAUGUUAGUGUGCCUAUACAUUAUGAAUUUCUGUUAUACAUUGCCUAAAUGUAUGACUUCAUAAUGCUUGGGAAAGAAUCAACAGUUAAACUUCAUGAAGUUCUAAUGUCUGUGUUCCAAAAUACAUCACAUUAUUAGGAUGUAGGGAGAUAUGUAUGUGUGCUCCCUGGGGUGGAGAUUUCUAGUUACUAGACCGUCUCCAUUUUUAGCAUUUGGCAUCCUCAUGAUUCUUUGAUAAAUAUGACCUUAAUAGGAGAGCAAGUAUACGAUUUUACAGAUGGAAUUACAGGUUUGCCUGCAUUCACUGAAAGAGUGCAAAUAUUGGGUCCUUGUGACUUCAACUGACUCUUCCAAAUUGUAUAAGUUUAUCAAUGUAUUAGAUAAACCCAGUUUCAGAAUUAUAAAGAAAAAAUGUUAGACCAAAUAAUGUGGCUAAUUAACAGUGGUACGAUUUCUAGCCCAAGGGUUUAAAAUGGACUUAAAGUCCUGUUCUUGCUUUUUGUUUUCUGAACUUACUGCUUUUGCAUUCUUUGAGUUCAGUUUAAAGACAGUUACUUUAAGUUGAUUUUAAACCCCUGGGCUAGAAAUUGUAUGUGUCACUGUUAAUUAGCCACAUUAUUUGAUCUAACAUUUUUUCUUUAUAAUUCUGAAACUGGGUUUAUCUAAUACAUCGGUAAAUUAUUUCAAAGGUAUUUUUAUAGUUCAAAUCACUUCACUUUUACCCUGAUAAAUAUAAACAACUGGUAAUGACCCUCAGAUAGCAUUUAGCAUCUAUAACCAAUCUGACAAUAAUGUGUUCCUCGGGUACCUAUGGAUUAAAUCACAUACUGGCAUAUUUAAGCUGGAUGUCAGUCUGGAAAAUAAAUUUAUUGUAUUAAUGGAAAUACCACUCUGUGUAGGUAUUUUGUCAUAUAUUUAAGAAAAAGCUAAAGAGAAUGAAAAUUAUAUGACAAUAACUUAAGUCUUUCUUUAAAGUGCAUGCAGUCUUUUGCAAUACCUCAUUCAAUCAAGUAUUCUCUGCCUCACUCAGUAUAAGGCAGCUUUCAAUUUGCUUAGAAGGCAACAUUAGAAGGUUAGAGUUCAUCAGAAACAUAGCAUUUUAAAAUGUGAGUUCAGCUGAAAAAAUUUGAAUGUCUGUAGGAAGAAUCAAAAUACCUAUUUAAAGAUUGCAAUAUAUGAAAAUCAUUUUUAAAGUGUUUGAUUAAACCUGAUAGGUUUUCCAGAAAUGAAAAAUACCAGUUCUAAAACCAAAGCUGAUUUUUAGAAAAUUUGAAAAUGUAAAUCAGCCCUAUCCACAUAGCAUAGUUUCUCUAAAACUUUAUCUUAAAGAGUCAUUUUAAAAUAAUAUAACUAUUUAAAAAUGUAACUGCUAUCUUAGUGUUUUGAAAUUAGUUAAAACAUUUUAAAAUAUGAAUACUAUGGUUUAAAAGAAAGAAAAGGGUUGGGGGUGGGGGGCUGGAGGUAGAGAAAGAAAUGCCAACUCCAGUCCAGAGCUUUAUUUGCCAAGUUUUCUUAGAAUGACUUUUACCAACUUAUGAAUUCUUGUAAACAGAAUAUAUAAUGGAAAUACUGAAAGACGUUUGCGUUAAUUGGUAUUAUUGACUGCUGCUGUGAUGCUACUGUAAUAUAAUAAAUUAUUAAAUUAUUGCAAAGUGCUGUUUUUGCCUUAACAUUUUAUUUUGUGUGUCUUGAAAACUAUAGUAUUAAAGGAAUUGAGACUGCAAAUGCUGGGCACGCUUGGCAUGAGAUAAUCUGUUUUUAUUUUUACAAAAUUGUAAUAUAACUAUGCAAGUGUGUUUAUUAAAAGAACAGAAACUAACAAAAA